CGCACAGACAGGAGCAAACCACUGCCACUGAAGGGGUGUUCCUGUUCUCUUUGCUAUUUGUGCAUUAAACUAUGACGUUGGCAAGCUAUUAUCAAUGGCAAUGUAGCUUUGAAUCGUAUCAAAAAUCAUCUUGGCUUAUUGCCUGAAAUAUUGAUAUCUAAAUAUACAUUGCUGUUUGGCUAUUAAGUUCGCCCUCUACCCAUCAGUUUGUAGACUUUGUUCAUUCCCGAAGCCACUCAACCUGUCUGACUGAACGUUGAGCAAGUUGAAUCUUCCAAGUUGGUGCAAAGUUUAAUAGUCCUUUACACUGCUGGUUUCUGCAUCCUGUCAUGUGAUUUCCUUUUUUGGUUCUUAUUUCUCAUUUUGGCAGCUACUACUGCCUUCUCCUAAUCUGGAUUAUCAGAGUGAGUGCAGACCUCGCAUUUGGCGGACGAGGUAGUAUUUUCGAUCAAAUGGAAGACUGCGUCCCUGAAAAGUCUGAGGCUCUUUCAGAUGACGGCUCUCCAGUCACCUGGCCAUCGGAAUGUGAUUACUAUAACACAGAAAUCUACGAUCUGUUGCCCAGCAGCCAGGCUGGCCAAUCAGAACUGUCGUCGCACGAUGGUCCCGACGGGCACUCAUCCCGACAACCCAGAGAAAAGACAAGUCAGCAGCCCCUCAAGAAUCUGCCCGUCUGCCUUCAACGAAAGAGAGAAAUCAGGGACAGGCGUACCCAAAAUAUAGACGCCUGGGAGUCCUGGAAGAGCAGCAAGGGGAGGAGAAGAUGGGCACAAAUGAGAGGUGUCCUAAAAAGUCUGUUGCCAUGGCAGCAAAUGCUUCAUACCAUCGAAGGCAGGUUCGGAGUGGGCGUGAAGGCCUACUUUGUUUUCCUCAGAUAUCUGGUUUACUUGAACAUGCUCAACUGUGCUCUUGUUUGGACCUUCAUUUUGGGACCGACCGUAUACUAUGGCAGGAGCAACAACAGUGAAGCAUUGGUGUUUGGUAGUAAUGACUCCUUUCUGGAUUUCUUUUUGGGAUCCGGCUUUCUGGCCCGCUCUCCGCUCUACUUUGACUACUACACCCGUGGCGCCCUGGACUCACCCUGUGUGAACACACCACAAUUGUACGUCGCUGGGAUCCUCAGCAUCCUUCUGAUCAGUCUGAUCAUGGCAGUCCGUAGAACUGCUGUCGGGUACAAGCACAAUUGGAUUCUAGGAAGUCAAUACAGAAUGAACGUGAGCUUCAGGAUCUUCUGUGGGUGGGACUUCAACAUCAAGGAGCCCGACUCUGCCGAGCGAAAACACAGCUUCAUUCGAAAUGGACUUAAGCUUCUUCUGCUUGAGCAGAGUUUCCAUUUCUCCAUCACUCAGAGGACACUUGGGCGCCGUGUUUGUAUCCACUUCCUCAGGUCCCUCCUCAACAUAAUCGUCCUGUUACUAUUGGCUGGGUCCUUCUACUUAAUCUACAAAGCCAUAGAAAUAUCGAAGAAAAAGGGACUGGAGGACCAGUACUGGUUUGUCAGACUUCCAUUCCAGUACCUGCCUCCCAUCACCAUCACCUCUGUCAACCUAAUCCUGCCUCUUAUCUUCCGGAAGAUCGCUGCGUUUGAAGAAUACUCUUUCACGACUCAGGUCAACGUAACUCUGGUCAGGAGCAUCGUCUUAAAGUUAACAUCUCUGGGGAUCUACUUAUACUUUGUCAUUACUGGAAGCCCUCAACACAGGGAGGACCAUUUUGGUCAGGAGAUGUACAAACUCUGUGUCUUCAGCUUCCUCACCACAGUUUGCAAAGCCUUCCUCCUGAGCUUCCCCAAGAAGUUGAUGGUUGAAAAGUACCCCUCUUCUUGUCUGGCCCGGAUGUUGGGGGAGCAAUAUUUUGAGAUUCCUUUCAACGUGCUGGACCUGGUUUAUGCGCAGACGGUGUCUUGGGUGGGAGUGUACUUCUGCCCUCUGCUGCCUCUCAUCAGCACCUUCACCCUGAUGUUGACCAUCUACGUCAAAAAGUUCACAGUCCUGCGCUGCUGUGUGGCUGAGAAGAGGCUGUUCCGAGCCUCUAACUCAUCAGUUCUCUUCCACUUCAUGCUGUUGCUGGGGGUCCUGAUGGCUGCGACCACGCUGAUCUUCAACUUUCACCUCCAAGAAUCUUCGAAAAAUAACGCCACUGCACAUGGGCCUUUCAGAACCGGAGAAACUCUGUUGAGUGUGGCCAAUGUGUGUGUGACCAGUCUGCCCACACAUGCUCAGUCAGCUAUUUACUAUCUCAGCUCACAAGCCUUUGCUCUGCCGCUGCUGCUCAUUGAGAUCAUGAUCUUGAUCUGGUUUGUGUCUCUGGGGAGAAACAACAGAAGAGCCAUUGAGAGUCUUAAAAACGUGUUAGCUUCGAGCAGUUCAGACAAGCGCUUCCUGGUGAUCAAAAAUAUGACAACGUUCAAAGAAGAAAAGAAGCCCAGACCCAGGAAGAGAUCGAAAAGCAAGAUUUCAGAUGCAAACCUCGACCAAACUUUACAGUCUGUGGAGCGACUUUAAAUGGAAACAUAAACAUGAUGCUUUUUAAAUUUGGCUUUAAUGCUCGAAUAUAAU